CUUCAGUCAGAUGAGGCCAAAAAAGUUAUAUUGAAAGAAUUUAGAGGUUGUAUUAUAGAGGUCAGAGGUUGUCAAUGAUGAUAAAGGUUGGCUCUACCCAAACACAGAUUUUUGCACACCUGAGGAACACCCACACAGGUGAUUUCAGUUGUUUUCUGCACCUGUGUGUACAAACUGUGCUUGAUUAACAGCUUUGUUGCAGCUGUUAGUGUAGCUGUUGCUGUUAAUAGCUCUAAUCAAAAUAACUGAAAACAAUACAGAUGGUAUUUUAUUAAACAUUAAGCAUAUUUUAUCAAUAAAAUUUAAGCAGUUUUAAUAUGAUAUGUCACAUGAUAUGAUACAAUGUGCCUGUUCCUGUGGGCAUUAUUAGCAUGGUGUGAAAACCAUUUAAAACACUUGUUAAGAAGUUAAUUUGAACUUUGUCAGCCUCUACUGGUGAGCAUGAAGAAUUGCAACUGCAGAAUUGCAAUAAUGGUGAAAAAUAUUGCUGUUCCCUGCAAUUGCUACCUUAACCCUAGAAUGCAACUUGACUUAAAUGUUUAUCUCAUGUUUCAAAAUGGCCGUUAAUUGUUAAAUUGACAAGCCUGCGUUUAUAUAGCCUUAUUAACUGUUUUAAUCAGAAUAAGGAUGGGUUUAGCAGCAGUGCAGCAAGUGCAGCAGCAGGUGACAUCUACACUGUAAAUGUGUUCUUACUGAAAAAAGUAUACUUGAUUCAAGGUUCCUGCUCAGUUCAGUUGACAAUAAUGGCUGAUUUUCAAUGUAAACAAAAUAAAUGAAAAUCAGCGAGUCAUUAAAGGUAAUGACAGAAGAAUUCCUGGAAUUUUCUGCAGUAAAUAUAUUUAUUUUGGCAAAUAAAAAGAAAACAGCCACCAACAGUCUUAUGAAGCAUCAUACGUAAUACCAUUAGGUUAAGCACAUAUUUAACAAUCAUAUAAUCCUCAGGACAUUUACCUGAGGGAGGGGAGAGGGGGGAUCACGUGGACUGCAUACUUCAAAUACCUGAAUGGUGCGACUUAGUCAGUUUUUCACGCGAAUUUUCAUAGCAAUUUUAUUUCAUAACGCAAGGAAAAGAAAGGCAGAUUCUGAAUCGCAAUACAGCCAGUAAUACAUCCAAAAAAUACAGCGGUGUCAUGUUCAGCCGUUGUGACAUCUAACGUUUCCUCCCCCGGUUCCUUGACGACGCCUUCCGACGUCAGCGCCAGCGAAACUUGUAAGGAAACUCACCUGUCUGACUGGGAAGGACGAGCGGUGAAAGAAGAAAGUAAUGACCUCGUCCUAAAUAGCAGAGAGAUAAACUUUUCCAACAGUUGUCAGGUCUGUAGAUAACUGAGUGACCUGUGUUACUUUGAGAGGUUGUUGCCUUUUCGAACCGUGGGUGGGAAGUUUACGGUCGCGCGGGCAGUGUAGUUUCAUUAUUAAAACUUAUAACUUUUAGUCACUUCCGCGUUGGGACUUCAGUCAGGAUAUUUAUAACAACUCCCAAUAACCACUGGGCGUUGAAGACAAAUAAGCAUGGACCCUGUGCUGCCGCUCUACACGAUAAAUGGGAACGACGGUGGGUCUUAUUCAACUAAUGAAUGGGUGACAACAGGGAAUGGAGAUGGUGUGGCCUACAAGAACUCUGAGGAAACAGAAAGGGACAAUUUGCUUACAGUACAGGUUCCUGCUAGUAACGGGGAGAUGACGCUCUCUGGCCACGAAGUAGAAGCUCAAAGGAAUCCGGCGAAUGCACACACUCCUCAAGAGAUUAGCUCCACAUCCAGGGUAAAGAGAGAGCUGAGUGAGGUCGUCUUCUGGAGAGUCAGACUGUGGAUGGUCAUUAUCUCCAUUUUCGUCCUCAUCGUUGUUGUGAUAAUUAUUUCGCUGGUGGUGUGCUCAGCGAUCCACGAGGAUCCAGAUGAGAAGUUUGACCCUUCGUUGUUCAAAGUUCCUCUUUUUUUCAAUGGGAGCUUCCAAUUGUCAAACAAGGCCUUUGAGGAGGAACAUAGCACCUUAAAUUACAGCAGUGAUGCACUUACUGCUGACCUUCAAGAAAAGCUGGCUGAUAUCUACAGAUCCUCCCCUGCUCUCGGACGAUACUUCUCCAAAGCUGAAAUACAUGUUUUACGGAACAGCUCAGUCAUCGCUGACUACCAUCUGACAUUUCUCAUGCCUGAAGAGCAGCAAGAUCAGCUGACAAACUUUACCCUCAGCAGGGAGAUGGUGUACAACGUGUUCAGACAGUUUCUAUACGACCAGGAGCCAGACAGUUCUGAAUUGCUGUACAUUGAUCCCCUUUCCCUAAACAUGUCUUGAGGACUUGAAAACCGGAGUAUCUUGCUUUCUUUGUCGCUCAAUGGAGACGACUCUAACCAAACACUAAACAUCCUAUGUGUGAUUUGAGAAGCCUGCAAUGUUCCUAUGAGGUUGAAACACAUCAUGCAUUUUUACCACAGGAAGCUAGAAAGCCACAGUCACACGGACCCACUUUAUUUGUGGGUUUGUACGUGCAGGUCAUAUGCAGUAUCUCAUGUGUGCUCUGUUUAAUAGGCUUUGAAGACUGUCAAACGGAGUAUUUUAACUCAAAGGAGAAUACUAGCAAAAAUCAGGGCUUUGCUUAGUAUAUGAAAUAGUUUUUCCUAAUGUAUUUUAAAUUUUAUUGGGAUUUACUGUGCCUUUUUUUUAACUGCAGCUGUAUGAAUUGUAAGAGUAUUGGUAUAAAUGUCAGUGCUGUAAAUAUUCAUUUUAAUUCCCGGUCAUCACUUUAACUUCAUGCAUGACCAUUUGUACAUAAGGAAAGCCUGAAGCCAGUUUAGUGUUUUUUAAUGGAAAUACAAGUGUUUGUAUUUACAUAUCUGAGCCAUUAUUCUGUGUCACCAGAAAAUGAUUUGCAAACCAAAACUGUGGAACACUAUAAAAACAUUUGCCUAGAAAGUAACAAACACUGUAAGGAAAUAAGCUGUAGAGCACUGUACAGGGAAAUGAUCCUGCUGGAGCCCUCAUUCUGUAAGUGAAAGCUAUACAUGUACAUUUAAAACUGUAUAUUUUACACAAAGAAAUGAUACUUUUUGGAGAAUAUUUUACCAAAUGCAUCUUGUUUUUUUUUUUUGUUUUAUUUUACAUGUCUCUGAUGUUUUGUUUGACAUAUACAGUCAAGUGUUGUUCUCUGUGGUUGAACAGUAGAGGGAGUACAUGUCCCAUAUUCAACAGUUACUAUUUCCUUUGGUUUUCCUCACUUGCUUUUCUGGCUCUGUCUGCAGAGAACCAUCAAGCAUUUUACAUUGUUAUCUUCCUCCUGAGCUGAAUAAGUAGUAGGUUGUUAAAGUUAACAGCACCAGUGAUGAUAUAUCACACAUGUAUCAACUAGUAAUACUGUGUCAGCACGUCAAACGAUCACGUCAAGAUUACAUGAUAAUACAGAUUACAGCUGUGAUUAAUUCUCAUGCCAAAUUGUCUGGUACAAACCACAAGACUUCAUGGAAAGAUUUGAAGCUUGAGCCAACUAAGACACUAAUAACCAUGUAGAGGGUUUUUUUUAACAGUUAAUUUUUAUUGUAAAAACAUGGUAAUGGUUUGAUUGAAAUGAUGUAAAUGUGUAAAGGCUAUAAUUUUUCAAAUAAAUAUUUUUUCAGGUACA